ACCUUUUUCAUAUAAAAACAAGGGAACCAGCUGGUUUUGGUUACACUUCACCCUCAGUCCUAGAUUCAGUUUUUACCAAACUUGGCCAAAAAGUAUGUAAGGUUACAGCAGUCAAAUUUUGCUUACAAUUUUCGGUGGUCUGACUUUUUUUACCACUUUUCAACUGUAUUUUAGAUACUUAAUCAAAAUCAAAGCAGCAGGAUUAAUAAAUAAUCUAAAGCGCCCAAUUUAUCUGUUCUGAUUAAUUAGAUUUACCUGAGUUAUUGCCCUUGAGUAUUUCUACAUAGUGCUUUUUAUGAAAAUUGUCAUUUACAAUACUGGAUGCUGUAAGAUUUCACAUCGGCUGCAAAUAGACAGCUCUGUUAUAAUUCAGCAUACACUUUACAAGUGAAGACUUUGAUUGUUACUAAAACAGUUCAAAGAGUUGAGAGUCUGAAUUUGUAUAGUGAGAAGUAGCAGCACUGCUCUUAGUUAUACCCACACAAAGUUUAUUGUACCCCUUCAAACAAAGUUUAUUGUACCCCUUCAAACAAAGUUUAUUGUACCCCUGCAAACAAAGUUUAUUGUACCCUGUUAAAGCUUAUUGUAUCCCUGCAAACAAAGUUUAUUGUACCCCCCUGCAAACAAAGUUUAUUGUACCCUGUUAAAGUUUAUUGUAUCCCUGCAAACAAAGUUUAUUGAACCCCUGCAAACAAAGUUUAUUGUACCCUGUUAAAGUUUAUUGUAUCCCUGCAAACAAAGUUUAUUGUACCCCUUCACACAAAGUUUAUUGUACCCCUUCAAAAAAAGUUUAUUGUACCCCUUCAAACAAAGUUUAUUGUACCCCUUCAAACAAAGUUUAUUGUUUUUGUUUGUUUGUUUUGGGUUUAAAGUCAUUUUUCAACAGUAUUUCAGUCAUGUAACGGCAGGCAGUUAACCUAACCAGUGUUCCUGGAUUCUGUACCAGUACAAAUCUGUUCUCUGCAAGUAACUGCCAACUUCCCUACAUGAAUUAUCAGAGGUGGAGGACUAAUGAUUUCAGACACAAUGUCGCUUAUCAAAUAGUCACGGAGAACAUACGCCCCGCCCGAGGAUCGAACUCGCGACCCCGCGAUCUGUAGACCUACGCUCUUACCUACUGAGCUAAGCGGGCGGGCUAAAGUUUAUUGUACCCCUGCAAACAAAGUUUAUUGUACCCUGUUAAAGCUUAUUGUAUCCCUGCAAACAAAGUUUAUUGUACCCCUGCAAACAAAGUUUAUUGUACCCCCCUGCAAACAAAGUUUAUUGUACCCCUGCAAACAAAGUUUAUUGUACCCUGUUAAAGUUUAUUGUAUCCCUGCAAACAAAGUUUAUUGAACCCCUGCAAACAAAGUUUAUUGUACCCUGUUAAAGUUUAUUGUAUCCCUGCAAACAAAGUUUAUUGUACCCCUGCAAACAAAGCUUAUUGUACUCUGCAUAUAAAGUUUAUUUUACCCCUGCAAACUAAGUUGUUGUACUCUGUAAACAAAGUUAAUUGUUUUAUUAUACCCUGUUAACAAAGUUUAGUUUACUGCUGUAAACAAAGUUUAUUUCAACCCUGCAGAUAAAGUUUAUUUUAUCCCUGAAAACAAAGUUUAUUGUACCUUGCGAACAAAGUUUAUAAUACCCCUGCAAACAAAGUUUAUUUCAUCCCUGCAACAGUUUAUUUUAACCCUGCAGAUAAAGUUUAUUUUAUCCCUGCAAACAUAGUUUAUUUUACCCCUAUAAACAGUUUAGUUCAAUCCUGCAAACAAAAUUGAGGGGUACAUACAGCCUUGCAGUCAAUUCUAUUGCAAUUUAUUUUUGGCCAGUAGGUCAGUGCCGCAUUGACCUUGAAGUUAAAAAUAGUUUUAAAUCAAUAACUUGAGAAUGUGUUACACUUCUAAAUGGUUUUGUAGAUUUUAUUUCUGUCGGAGUGGUGGCUGGGAGCAUGUGAUAUAUAAAACAAAUUUAUUAUUGGUAUAGCAAGCAAUGAUUACAAUAAUUAGAUAUAGAAUCUAUUUAACCAAGUUGGAAUGUAAAAUUUCACUAGUUUAACAGUACAAUAAGUUUGAAUGAAAUUUUGACUAGAUUUUCUGAAAUAUUAGAAACUUAAUACACCUAGAUAUAUUGAAUCAUAAAUUGACUAUAAUACACUAUUUUAACAAUUUGCUAUUGUCCUUUUUUAUUUAAAUUCAGAAAUUGGUUUAUGUCCAUUAGAUAAUUCUUGAAAGGAUGAAUGGAAUGGAUUCAUUUUUGGUAGACAGGUACAUGAUUAUAAAUUGCAGGCUCAGUUGGACACCAAUUUUUGGCAGAGUUAUGGUCACUUUUCUAUGUAAAAUUUAGUGGUUCAAUUACCCUAUAACAUAUGUAAGGAUUGAAUUCAUUUUAAGUACAUUGGUAGGAAUGAUAUCAUAAAAUACAGACCAAGUUCAUAUUUAGUAAAAUUUCACCAUUUUUUAUCUCAGAAUUAGGGCCCGCUUGCAAAAUGUUGAUGUCUGAUAACUAGUAAUAAGAUGAAUAGAUUAAAUUGAUCUUCAGUACAGAGGUAUAUGAUAAUAAAAUACAGGCCAAGUUCGAUUUUGAUUAUUAUCCACAAGUUUUAAGCAGUUAUGGCCCCUUUUCACCUUUAAAUUUGUAAAAAAAUGGUCUUUAUUUUGUACAAGAUUUUUAGUCUGCAAAAUGCCUCACAGUUAUAGUAUUAACAAGUUUCUUAAAGCUAACUUAACAGCCAACAGAUUGAUCUAUCCAGUCAUUAGGUAAACCUAGACAUUAAAAUUUUGUAGGAUGAAUGCCUUUGGUAUUGAAAAAGGUCAAGGUCACAGUUUCCUGUAGACUGAAAAUAUUUUUUUCGGACAACUAGAAAUGCAGCUGCUGUAACAUUUCUAAGAUUAUUGCUUGUAUGAGUAGGUUAUCUCUUGUAUCCGCUGUCAGUAGUCAAUAGUUACAAUGACCUCCUGACAGAAAGAGAUAACUGUCAUCUCCCACGUUGGUCUCGAUGUCAAAGUAAACUGGACGAUGCCAUGAUAUCUUUGGGAGAAUAUUCGUAUUACAAACAGAUACUAUACUUCGCAUGUAUACAAACUGAAAGUGUAACUGGAAAUCACCAUUUUUAGUUCGAAAAGAACAAUAUUGAGAGCUUUCCUACUUGACCUCGUAUUUGGGUCCAAACCUUAGUUAAAUGGCCAUAACUCUGGCACCAAUUUUUUCAUGAAUUAUGACCCCUUUUUACUUAGAAUUUCAGGUAAAUUUCAAUGCAUUUUCUCUAUCUAUCUAUUAUGAUUACAGAAGGGAUUUUAUUCAGACUCAUUUGAUUCAGAUUUGUUCCACAUCAUCACCCUCAUCAAAUUAAACUCGGCACAACAUUUUAUUAAUUAUACCCCUUUUUAUCUAGAAUUUGUUGCACUUUUACUAUUCCUUUGUUAGUACCUAAUGAAUUUUAUUCACACUUAACAUAUUUUUUCACCAUCAUCAUCCUCAUCAUAUGACACAAGAUUCGUGACUUGCUCAAAUAUUUCAUGAAUUACUAGUAUGUCCCUUAUGUACCAAUUUAAUGUUUUGAUAUUUUUUACCUCUAUCUCUGUUAUAACUAAAUACAUUUGACACAGACUAAACUAUUGUCCAAUAUGAGUCAUCGACAUUGGAGUCAUUAAACACUCCAGUGACAGCUCCAGCUUCCUCAGAUAUACCCAACUUCACUAUCCAGCAUCAAAAUAGUGAAGCAUGCUGUCUCCUGUGACAGCUCUUAUUUGGUUUGAACUCUGCGAGGGUUUUUGUUUGUAUUUCAGUUUAUUGUCAGUCACCCAUAUAGACAAUAUCUUCAGAAUAAUGUGAGUGAAUUUAGUGUGGAUGGUGCAAAAUACAGAAGCUGCUCAUAAUUAUGUUAGAAACUUUGCUGGUUCUUUAGCAUGUGAGAUGGAAAUCACUCUUACAGCAAGGGCACAAACUCAUGAUCCUUCAUUUUGUAGUCAUGCAUUUUAGCACUGAACCAUUGCUUCUGGUUUUGUGUCAUUAUUAUCAUUGUAAUGAAUUAAGUGAUUCUGCAGUAUUUGGGUGUAGAUACACUUGUAUGCAGCUUAAGCCAAAUACUGAGAGCUGGUAUUAAUCAUACAGAUGAAAUUUUUUUUUCAGUAUUUUCAUGUAUUGGAUUCACCUGGACAAAACUACCAUUUUUCUAGAGCCAUAUAACAAUAAUGAAUUUUCAAGUACAGUUAACUUCAAUUAGAACAAAAAUAAAUUCUUUAAAAUUCAAAAUCUAUAAAUCCAUUCUCCAUAAAAUUUAGUCUUUUAAUGAGUAUUCUAACACGAUCCGAUUCAUUUUCCUGUUAAACAAAGAAGGCUGAAAACAGUGAAUUAUUAUACAACAAAUCACUGUUCUGACGUCACAGUAAUUACGUCAUAGCGUCAAAUGGCAAAGGAUGUACUUAAAAAUCCUUGGUAACGUGUUAGAAUUGAAAUAAUAUAUCUCAUCCAGUGAUUUGUCGUUGAAUAAAUCAUUAUUUGUCGUUCAGAUGCGUAUUAGUAUAUCACUCGGGCUGCACCCUCGUGAUAUAAUUCCUUCGCAUCUGAACUCCAAACAAUGAUUUAUUCAACGACAAAUUACUGGAUGAGAUAUAUUAUUUCUUAAAUAAUGAUUGUCUGUGUAAAUUUAAAACAUGUACUUCACAGUACAAAAUUCAUGCUCCUCUACCUGCAUGAACUAUGUAUAAGGUUUUGUGACUACAUGUCAGCAAUCUAAAUCUUGAGUCAGGAGUCUAGUGGAUCCGUCGCACUAAAAUGUUUUAUUUUGCAGGAAAAUUAAACAAUCCUCAAACAAACUGAUAAAAUUUUGUAAGUAAAACAACCAUGUCGAGAAAAGUACUUAAAAACUUGAUAAUUACUGCGGAUGACCUGGGCUACAGUACAGAAAGGGAUAACGGAAUAAUUCAGUGUUUCAGACAGGGAGUAAUCAGUGGUGCAUCACUGAUGAUGAAUGGACAUUGUGUUGUAAAUGCAGUGAGGCAAGCUACAGCAGUCAAAAUGCCAAUAGAUUUGCAUUUGAAUUUGACCGAGGGUUAUCCUGUAAGUACUAGAGAGCGUAACAGUUUAACAGGUGAAGAUGGAUUUAUGCUUGGGAAGAUGGGAUUUAGGCAAGCUGUUGAGGAAGGCGCAGUCGACCUUAGUGAGGUGAAGGCAGAAAUUCAGGCUCAGAUUGACAGAUUUCAUCAACUUACAGGACAGCUGCCAAUUAAAGUAGAUGGACACCAACAUGUUCAUGUUAUUCCAGGUGUAUGUGUAGCAUUUGCCGAGGCUCUGGAAAAGAAUGGUAUAACAAUGAGCAGGCUGCCUAUAGAGGAAGACAUUUCCAGUCAUGUGUGGUUGUCAAGGCAACAGCAGGAGUUCAUGGAGGGCGUUGUCCAGCAGUCUAGGUUAGCUCAGAGAAUAUUUACCAAACAUGGAAUAUGGUGUCCAGAAUUUGUUGGCUUGAAAACUAUGGGGAAAGAUAUGGUGCUCCCUCAUCUUCAGUCAUGUAUUACAGAAGCUUUUAAGCAGCAGUCAGACAUUCUUACAAAGGUAAAAGGCUUCAAGUCCACUGCCACAAGUGUGGGACAAGAUAAGAUGCCAACAUCAAAACCAGCAGAAAUGUCAUAUAGAGGGAAAUGUUCAUCUUCAGCUAGUAAAGUUCCUUUUAAAUCAAAGGAAAUUUCAGGUGAAGCAGACCCAAAUCCAUUCACAGCAGACGGCAUUGUGUGUGAAUUAAUGGUGCAUCCUGGGAACAGAACAAGGAAUUCUGGGGGAUGUGGGAAUGGGCCUGAUGAAUUUUCACAAUCAGCAGAACGGGAACAUGAAAUGAGAACACUUAUGUCACAAGAAAUGCUUGAUUUUUACAAAGACAAUAAUAUUUCAUUGGUAUCAUUUCAAGAUUGUAUGGCUGAACUGAAAUAAUAUCUCCUGGCUAUUAUAUGCCAUAAAUCAUUGGUAUUCAUAUUGAAUUAACUUGUAUAUAUGCAAAUAUUGGCUACACUACCUCGCUUACAUAAUAUUGAAAAGUCUCAGAUGUUAUAAUAAUCUUGUAAAUUAUAUUUAUACACAGUAUUACUGGUAUCUGUAAUCAGAGAAAACAGGUAAAGUUUUGUGUAUCUAUA